AUGGGCUGCCGAGGGUUUCACAUCAUCCAAACUGGAUUACAAUGUGCAGAGUGGAGAAAACCAGUUGGGAAGGAGAGUAGCCUGGUGUUGCUGGCCACCUGCAUCACAUCUCCUAAUCGCACCCUGCCCUUUUUUUCCAGUUGGCUGUCUACUAAUAAGGCUGCUGCAGGCUUCAGCAACAACAUUUUUCUCUGCCUUCAGGAAAAGGUGGAGAGAGGGGAACAGGACUACUGCUACUGUGCCCUGAUGGUACAAGACAUGUCCCUGCAGAAACAGCAGGAGUGGGACCCACAAACCCAGUGCCUGACAGGCUUUGUUGACUUGGGUGCAGGCAUCCUUGAUGCUGAUGAAGCUCCGCUGGCCUCAGAAGCAAUAAUCCUCAUGGCAGUUGGCACCUCAAGUCCCUGGGCAGCUCCACUUGGCUACUUCUUUGUGAACAGCACGACUGGCUACUUGCUUGCUCAGCUGCUUCGUCAGGCCAUCAACAAACUGAACAACAUUGGCAUCAGGGUGCUGGCUGUGACGUCAGGUGCCACUGCUUGCGGUGCUCAGACUGCCAGAGCUCUAGGGAUCAGGAUGGAUCCUGAAAGGAUUCAGUGCACUUUCCAGCAUCCGCCCGGCUCUGCUCACAGCAUCACAUACUUCUUUGAUGUUUGCCAUGCCCUCCAGCUGAUAAGGAAUGCUCUGCAGUGCUUCCAGAAGAUAGAGUGGCCUGGUGACACCGUGCGGUGGCAGCAUGUGGUGGAGCUUGCAGCUUUGCGGGAGCAGAGGAUAUUGGAGCUGUGCAGUUCCAAGUCAGGCAGAUCUGGGAGUAAGGGGAGUUACUACCUGAAGGUCAACCUUGCUACUCCGUUAUUCAGCGAGGGUGUUGCUGAUGCACUGGAACACCUCCAGAAACUGGGGCUGGCCUCAUUCCAGAACUGCAGCGGUACUGUCAAGUUUGUGCGGUUGAUGAGCCAUCUGUGUGAUGUAUUUCAUGGCAGAGGUCCCUAUAGAAUGGGACCGAUGGGGCCUUUGCUAGUUGGAAAUCACACCAAAAUAACCCACGUCUUUAAUGAGGCCAAGAGCUUCUUUAUUACCUUCACGGACUCUAUGGGGAGAUACAUUAUUAAGAGCAAACGGAAACUAGGAUUUCUGAGUUUCUUGCUUAAUGCUGAAAGCCUCAAGUGGCUUUACACCAAUUACGUGUCUCCAGAAGGCUCUUCUUCCCACCACCUCCUGACUUACGCCUUCAGCCUCGACCCCCUGGAGCUGUUUCUAAGGACUCUACAGCAAGCCUGUGGCAAUGGGAAUCCCACAUGCACUGUGUUCCAGGCUGCUUAUCACAAACUGCUGGCUGGCUGCAACCUGGCACCAGGCUCACCAUACAGCAGUGGCACAGGCAGUAUAAGCUCCUGGAACAUAGCCCUGUCUCGCAGGAGAGAUCUGACCCUUGGCAGCAUUCGGAAUCAGUAUAACCCAGCUCAUGGGAGGACACUGGCAACAGAGUACCCCUAUUGUGCAGGCCUUCUUUUGCAUGGCUCUACACUGGGUAAUGCACUGACAGACCUAUCCCUGCAUGUGCAGAGCAUCACCUGCACUGCGGGCUUCAUUGCUGAGCAAUUAGCCUCUGACUUGCAGUGUGAAGUUUGUGUUGCUUCCCUCUUUGAGUCAGAUGAGAGCAGGCUAAGAUGCAGGUCAGUCCUCUACAUAAAAAAGUUAGGUGGGGUGAGUCUGCCCUCAGCAAGUGUGUACCACAUAACAAGCAUUUCAGAACAAGUCCUAAACUGGUACGGCAAAGUAGGAGACAGCAACAAAAACACCAAGCUAUGGCACUUGUCCCUAGAACAGAAAAUCUUCCAGGAGCUCCUGGGAGAAAGUUCCAUCUUCCCCACUCUCACAAACCAUUUAUUUCAUGGGGAGGUGUGCGUCAACAAUCAUUACACAAUCUUAGUAAAGGAAAUAACACGAUGUUAUUUAAAGGUCAAAACAAACUAUGCCAAACACCUGGAGUUGAAAUACCAUUGUGGAAGGCACAAAUUGAAGACAGUGAAGGGAAAACAUUUGUUUCCCUCAUCACUGGGUAGCUGUCAGUCAGGCCAAACCCACAUGGGAUCAUGAGUACUCAGUGCUGUUCCAAGGAUGGCUGCUUCUGAGGCUCAGUGAUAGCCAGAUCUAGGCAACACAAGCAAGGAAGUGAUGUGGUAUCUUCUCACGAUUUGGCUGGCAAAACUGGUGUUGAUAAGCAUGACGUGUUGGGCCACUGCAAAGCACCUGAUUUGGCCGAGCAAGGCAAGGAAGCACAUCUGAUCCUGUGCUCCAUCUAGCAAUCCUGCAAAGCAGCCACAUAGUUUGUAUGACUUAUGUGGCAGGCCAGGAUUAGUGAUGGUUGCUCAAGAUGCCUGGGGAAGUGGCAGGGGACACUGCAGAGUGUACGCUAGAGGCACUGGAUAGCUUAGUGCUAUGAAUGCACAUGCCAGGAGUAGACUGAUGGGUCUUCCACAUGGCUGAGGAGAAUCAUACAUGCUGGCAAGUUUGAUAUCACCAAAGUAAGUCUGCUUUAAAAAAGCUGGAAGCAAGAAAGUGGGCAGAGCUCUUACUUAAAAAGGAAAAUAAAGAUGUGAAAAGAAAAUGGCACUUAAGUUGUACAGAAGCCUCCACUCCUACGUGUUUUAUCAAGCAGCUAAAGAAGCUGGUUUAGUCUAGAUCCCCUGGAGGGGGAAAUUACAAUAUCAAACCGCACCCCCGAA